CUUAGUCACAUCUCGGUGGGUCACAACUCAUCCAACUUCCCCGCUUAUCAUCAACCUUCGCCCUUCCCCAGGUAUAUAUUUUGAAGCAUUACUGCCUUUCGAGGAAACAAUAUAGGUUAUAUCAACUGCCAGAAAGAGGAAACUAUAGCAUCUACAAUAUUCACGAUGUCCAAAGCAACCAGAAUCCCCAUCCGCACCCAAAAGGCCCCUCUCCCACCGCCAUUCCUCUCCCAGGGCAUCGUCGUCGGCGACAUGGUCUACUGCUCUGGGCAGGUGGGCGUGAACCCUACUACAGGCAAGAUGGUUGAGGGAUCAAUCCAAGAAAGAACGAAACAAAUCCUCAACAACCUAGGUGCCGUCCUAGAAGCAGGCGGCUCUAGUCUCCAGGAUGCCGUCAAAGUCAACAUAUUCCUGGCUGAUAUGAAUGACUUUGCCGCUGUCAAUGAAGUCUAUAGUUCCUUUUUCGCGGAUCCGAAGCCGGCUCGUACAUGCGUUGCGGUCAAGACAUUGCCACUGGGGACUGAUGUGGAGAUUGAGUGUGCUGGGGUGGUGAGCAGCGUGCCAAGUCGAGGUUCUCGUCUGUGAGAAGCAAGCAAUAAUGCAGAUUCUGGAUAUGACUGUGAUGCUAUGCGAGUACAUAACUGGACAAAUGCAG